AGGUGCCAAGGCUGCAGUUAAGUACACUGUUCUGCUGAAAAACCCGAGACCAGAGCCCAGCCUGCUUGUGUGAAGACAGCCAAGCCCAGACCCAGCUCUACAACUUGCACACCCAGCAUGGAGAUUCUCUACACACUUCUGGCUUUCGGUGUAACUUCUGCUCUUGCAGUGUUUUCUGGCGAAGUCGCCCAGCCUCACAGCAGACCCUACAUGGCCUAUGUGAUAAUAUCCAGAGCCGACCGUCACACUAGCUGUUUGGGCUUUCUGAUUCGGAAAGACUUCAUCCUGACUGCAGCAAGCUGUGGAGGAACCAAACUCACUGCACUCCUUGGGGCUCACAACAUCCUUCAAGAUGAGGAGACGCAGCAGGUCAUAGAUGUGGAGAAGUCCUUUCCUCACCCCCUUUACAACAACGGGACCUAUGACAUCAUGCUGCUGAAGCUGAAGAAGAAGGCCAGACUCGGGGAGACCGUGGACCUGAUUCCUGUGCCGUGGAGACGGGUGCCCCCCGGGACCGUGUGCUCGGUGGCGGGAUGGGGGGCUGUGGACAGGGAGGGGAGAAACAGCUCCCCCGAGCUCCGGGAGACGCAAGUGACGGUGCUGAGCGACGAGGAGUGCAGGAAAGAGUGGGAGGAGACCUUCGACGAGACCAAGAUCUGUGGAGGCAUCCCUGACCGUGGAAUCUGCAGGGGGGACUCUGGGGGACCCCUGGUCUGUGAAGGAAUGGCACAUGGCAUCAUUUCUCAGGGUAGCAUACCCUGUGAAGAGAAGCCCACCAUCUACACCAAGAUCUCCGUGUACGAGCCCUGGAUCAGAGAGACACUGGAGCAGAACUGAGCUUCCAUAUCGCAGCCCGUAUAUAAAACAACUGUUCGCGGGCCUGAGUGCCUGUCUGCAAAAUGGACCUUUAAACUCAAGCUGUAUUGCAGUGAAGCUGUGCUCAAUUAUUUUGUAACCUGUCCUGCUUGCUGAAUCUUUGCCAAAAUAUAUGGUCCCCAAGUCA